AUCGACAUGAACGAAAGAAUAUGUUGUAUAACAAUUUUGAAGAAAGAAAGAAUACUGGGAAACUUUCUCUGAGAAAAGCCUGCAAAACAGCGAUAAGGUUGUUGCGGUUGAAAACCAUCAGAAGAUUACAACGUUUGAAAGAAACGUCAUCUACUGUAAGAAAGGAAUUUGUAGAUAAAUUAGAAGUAUUGAGGAGACUCAAAGUAGAUACAAUUUUGAGAGCUAUCGAAGAUAGGCACUUCGAUUCUAAGGGUUUUCUCGGCAACAUCCAAGCUGAAAAUGUCUGUUGGGAGAUUGUACAAGAUAAGAGAGUACAGGAAGUUUUAAGGAAAGUUCCCAAGGAAGAGCAGAAGGAAGGAAGGAUAAGCAGGAGUUCAUACAAGGCUUCGAAGACACAAAGAGAUUGGAAGAAAGUAGUUGAAAAGCCUUUGAUAAAUUCGAUGUUUCUUGACUCUCUAAACGGAGAAACAACAUUUGCUUCAGGGUUGGUAUCGAAGUUUAUAGGAAACGUUGUCAACUAACUGUAUUUGCUGCCCAGGAAGAAGAAACAUACGUCAACGAAAGGUUUUCCAAAAGACACUUCUUUUUUUGAAAGUAAUGAUUUGCACCCUUCCUGGAGAGCAAAACGAUGGAGAAGAAAAUGGGAGUCAAGUAUAUGCUUCCAAGGCUGCCACAAGUAUUUUUGACCAG